UAUAAAACCACGAAUAGCGUUAUAUUCGAGUAAUCGAGCAUCGGAGAAAAUACGACGACGCAGAACAAACGUGUGAUUAGCUUGACAUGAAUAACGGAGCUUUAAAAAGAAAAAAAGGAAGGAAGAAAUAUUUGCCCGACGCGAAACCCGUUUCAUGCCAUCCUCCGAUCGGUCUUGCAACCUGCGUUAUAGGCUGCUCCUACCACUGGUCUAUUAGCGUAAAGUCGAUGCAAGCAUUUGAGAGAGAGAGGAGAGGGAGAGAAGAGAUCGUUCCGAUAGCGAACGAGCGAAAAGCGACAAUAUGUCUCGGAUAUGCCGUCGUAGACAUCGAUCCCGUUUGCGAGGCAUCCUCUUCUUCCGCGCGUUGCACGGAUAUCAAUUUUACGACGACAAUUCGACAAGCCAGACAAAUACCGGGCUCAAGGAACGAGCGCGAAAACAAUAUCGACGCGAGCGGAGGAAGUGCGGCGCAAGAUUCAUGGCAGCCGACGAGGUGGCCAAGAAAAAGGAAAUGCUGAGAAAGAAAAGACCGCGGCGGCGGUGAAAAGCCGCGUGUGUCUCGCACCAUAGAGAUGAGGAGAGAGACUUUUGCGCGACGCCAUCGACAAAUUUCCAUCACUCUCCGGACAGUUUUGCAUUGUCGUAUUUCGACUUGGUCUCCGCCGAACAGUCGGGGUCUGCUUCAUAUUUUGCAUGGCUUGCAGUGUAACACGUUACGACAAUACGAUCACGAGAAUAAAGUGAUAUGAUGAGGUAGUAGAUCGCUCGCGGAGCACCUGGUGAGGCCGUUUCUGACACGGUGACAUGUCGUUGCUGUCGAGUCGCAGCGGCCGGAAAGGGCCGAUCGCCUGCCUGGUGGCCCUCCUCUUCGUCUUCGCUCUGUAUCAGCUAGGCAUCUUCUGCGGGUCCGGCAAGUACAUGCCCACGGCUGUGAUGGUCGGCAAGGAGAAAUACGUGAUCGGGCCGUUCGAUCGCAAGACAUACACGUACGAUCGUUACAUGCCGCUCAUCUUUAUUGGCGGUGUACCACGAUCGGGAACGACCCUGAUGCGUGCCAUGUUGGACGCGCACCCUGAUGUGCGGUGCGGACAAGAGACGAGGGUCAUACCGCGGAUUCUUCAGAUGAAGAUGCACUGGUCCAAGUCAGAGAAGGAGAAUUUACGGUUGACCGAGGCAGGAAUCUCGAAAGAAGUGAUAGACAGCGCGAUAGCGGCCUUCUGCUUGGAGAUAAUAGCGCGACACGCCGAGCCUGCGCCGAGGCUGUGCAACAAGGACCCUCUCACCCUCAAGAUGGGCUCGUAUAUUCUGGAACUCUUCCCGAACGCCAAAUUUAUAUUCAUGGUGCGCGACGGACGCGCCACGGUGCAUUCCAUCAUAUCCAGGAAGGUCACCAUAACGGGGUUCGAUUUAUCGUCCUACCGGCAGUCUCUCAUCAGGUGGAAUCACGCGAUUUCCGUGAUGUACGGUCAGUGUAGAGAACUAGGACCGGAGAGAUGCCUGAUGGUCCCCUACGAGCAGCUGGUGCUACAUCCGCGUCAGUGGAUGAAGAAGAUAUUAAAUUUUUUGGACGUACCCUGGAACGAGUCCGUCAUGCAUCACGAGGAAUUCAUUAACAAACCCGGCGGGGUACCUCUGAGCAAAGUCGAGAGAUCGUCGGAUCAAAUCAUAAAGCCGGUGAAUCUAGCGGCAUUGACGAAAUGGGUCGGCAACAUUCCCGAAGAAGUAAUCAGGGAGAUGGCCGACAUCGCGCCGAUGCUCUCCGUGCUCGGUUACGAUCCCUACGCGAAUCCGCCUGUCUACGGCGCUCCAGAUAGUUUAGUUAGCGACAACACCAGACGAGUGCUGGCCGGCGAGAAACUCUGGGCGGAGAAGGCACGGGAAUACCACCUGUCGCAUAAACCGGCAGAGACAAGCAACGAGGAGACUUCCAGCACAGCGCCGCUCGCGUGACCCAGCGAGGUUCUUCUGAGCGAGCAUGGCACGUAAUUAGGAGUCCCAAGGAGUCUAAGCAACUUAGCAGGGUCUACUCGAGCAAGCGGAGUGACCGCUCCUUUUACUUGUUGAGCAAACUGGACCCAAGUACACGACCGCAAGUCGUAUAAUCGAGGAUUAAUCGCUCUCGUCGUAUUUUCGAUCUCUUCGCCUCCUCGUCAUUAUCUCGACGGCGUAUACGAACAACGGAUUAAUCACGGCGUUUACUUAUUAGCAUCAGGUCUGUGUUUCACAGAGUUAGAACACUUGUAAUAUUAGACACACGGCACGACUACGAACUAUGUUUUAUAUGUAUAUUAUAUAAUAUGUAAUAUACAUUAUGUAUUAUACACAUAUGUAUAAUAUUAUAUUAUACUAUAUAAGAACUUAAAAAAAAUGUGGUAUAAUAAUCGAAGUAUUUGUUUUCAAAGUGUCUUAAUUACUUCUUAAAGAAUGUUUUAUGAGCACAGAAAUUUAGGUACAAACUUUUAUGAACACAAAAUUUUAUGAAACUAUACACUCCCUCGCAACAUGAAAUGUCCAUUUUUUAUGGAGAAUAUAUUAUAUUCAUGUUCUAUGGAUUUUUAUGGAUAAUUUAAGGCACUUUGAAAGUAAAUUUUCUGAUUUAUAAGGUACGCUUUGGAUUUGAUUAAAUCAACAUAGAAUGUUAAAUUUUUUACGUUCUAUUCUAAUAUUACAAGUGUUAUAACAUUAUGAAAUAGGUUUCAUAAGACAUGAUACUAUCGCUGUCGAUCUUGCGCAGUGUCGUCUAACGAUAUUGUAAUGGUAUUUGAUACAUAAAGACUAAAGAUUCUUAUGUUAUCACAAGAGUUUUUUCAGGGAUUACAGUUAUAAUUUUAUUUUAUAAUUGUUCAAUUCCUGGUUAUAUAUUAGAUGACACCGACCAACACCGGCCAGUGAUUUUAGAAAAAAGUGUUUUAGAGUAUUUACUUUAAAGCGAUGAAAGAUCAACUCGAAGCACGAUGAACAAAGGAGCGAAAACUCCUUUUCCACCUUCUAUCUUCUCAUCAACAAAGUUUUGAAUUAAACGGUUCGGGACGAUGAUAACCUGACUUGACCACCAAAUUCUCUCGACUUUGUAGAUCUAUUAUCGUAUUAACACUUCCGAGAUUCCGAAGUAAAAGUUUUCAAGUUUUUCGAUAUCGAUUUCUUCAAUGAUUUUGCUUCUACAGAGUAAGUACAAUUCAUUUUUGCAAUAUAAUAAUAUGAAAAGUAAUUUAACAUAUAGUCUACAGAGCCGAGAGGUCCACUCGGUAUUUCCAACUCUUCUCAUACCUCUGUAACUCCCACCGUAUCCCGUACCGUUCUCAUACUACGUAUGACGAGAAUGCAAGAUUAUAUGGAAUUUUUCAUGUUCGCCAUAUUUUUUAGCUAGAAUAGUUCUCACUCACGGCGUUUUCAGUCGAUAUCUGUUAUAAUAAUUCGCGAGUACAUUACGAGCGGCUGAUCGCGCCGCGGGAAUCAGGAAUUAAUAUUAGAUUGGUGCGAAAGGUAUGUCGUCGAAUAAACUUGUCGAACAAACUCGAAAAUGAAAUUAUACAGUUUCAAACUAAUUUUUCUCGAUUGGAAAACAGUCGUCAUUGACUGACAUUGAUAGUUUUUUCAUACAAAAUAUUUCCUCAACUUUCUUUUUAAGAAACCCAAACACUAAACUUGAUAGUAUAGAUAGAAUUUAAUAGGAAAACGAGACGACGUACCUUUUUCAUCAACCGAAUAUUUAAACUAUUGUAAAUAAUAUCCGCGAGCUCGACCGAGAUUUAGUCGUCGUAGUGAGAUAUAUUUUCGUUGUUCAGGAUUUCUCUCACGACAAUUACAUUCUAAUUUUAGGGAAGGAAUAACGUCACUGAGUCUAAUUAGUGGUGGACGUGUAAAGGCUUGUCAACCUCUUUGACUCUAUCUGUCACAAACUGUGGAAUUAAAUUAUUUUAAUAUUA